CGCAGUUUGGUUAUUUUUCUGUGGGUGUUAGAUCAGUUGCUUUUGCUAGUCGCUGUUUACAACUUUCUUUCUUAUGAGUUCUGACAAAAUAAAUAUGGAUAAGUGAAUUCAAAAUUCCUGGAAAACCGAAAUAAACAGUAACUACGAUGGUUACAUUAGAAAAAAUUAAGUUAGAAUAUCCACUUCAUUGGCUAGUUUGGCAAAACGAAUUUGAGAAUUUAUCUGAGGAACUGAAGAAAAAUCAACAUGAUAAGGAAAAGAAAGAUGCAAGGGGAAGGACUCCACUUAUGCUUGCUGUUACUUUAGGCCAUUUGGAAUCAGUGAGAAUAUUGUUGAACAAUGAAGCCAAUGUAAAUGUGGAAAAUUCAGAAGGGUGGACAGUUCUACAGGAAGCAACAGCUACUGGUGAUCCAGAAUUGUUACAAUUAGUACUAGAAAGGAGAAAUUUACAGAGACACACUAUGAGAAUGGAAGGCAUCCCAAUGCUUUUAGAAAGAUUAAAGGAAGCACCAGAUUUUUAUGUUGAAAUGAAAUGGGAAUUUACGAGUUGGGUACCUCUUCUGUCAAGAAUGUGCCCCAGUGAUACAUACAAGGUAUAUAAAAAAGGGUCCAACGUUAGAAUAGAUACAACUCUUUUAGGAUUCGACACUACUAGUUGGCAAAGAGGAAAUAGGAGUUAUAUUUUCCAAGGCAGAAGUGAUGGUGCUACAAUGUUAGAAAUUGAUCACGACUUACGUCAGGUUUAUUGUGAGGAAAUGCAGAUUCAGGAAGAAGCUGCAGAGGUUCUUCUAGGUAACCAGGAUGCUGUAUCGCAGAGAUUAACAACACCUAUAGCGACCACUUAUAUCGAUACAGAAAAAAUUAGCUUUGAAAGGAAUAAAGCUGGUAUGUGGGGUUGGCGAUCCGAUAAAUCGGAAGGAGUGAACGGUUUCUUUUGUAAGGUGUUCGGAGCCACUAAUGUAGAACUAGUGACUAAAACCAGGACAGAACAUUUGACAGAAAGUGACAAAGCAAGGUGUAAAAGCAACAAGACCCCCUUGCAGAGCUUUCUGGGAAUAGCGGAAAUCGAAGAAAACAAUACCCUCACUGUCCCCACAAAUGAGAUUGUAGUGAAUUCAACCAACCCUUGUAACAUCACCCCUGAAGAAUAUUUCGACCCCGAAAUAGACAUGAAAGGAAGAGAUAUAGGUCGUCCCAAAGAAUGUAACAUGAAAGUGCAAAAAUUUAAGGCAACGCUUUGGCUCAGUGAGGAAUAUCCGCUUUCGCUGCCAGAGCAGAUACUGCCAAUUGUCGAUUUGAUGUCGAUAUCGAGCCCACAUUUCGCCAAAUUGAAAGAUUUUAUUCAGUUACAGUUACCAGCUGGUUUUCCGGUGAAGAUAGAGAUUCCAAUCUUUCAUGUAUUGAACGCUAGGAUCACUUUUGGAAAUAUAUUUGGCUUAGAUUCACCGAUUCCCAAAGUGACUCGUUUGGAGGAUGAUCAGGGACUUUCUUGUGUUCUUGAUGAAACCCUGUUCGAAUGCCCCCCAGAUUACAUCCAGCUUGGUAAUGCUGGCCUUGAUGCAAGAAGACAGUUCAGCAUGGAAGAGGAAGAUGACCUCUUACAAUUUGCUAUACAGCAAAGUUUGAUUGACGCUGGUACAGAAAAAGAAGAGGUUGAUAUAUGGGAAGCUCUAAAAGCUCAGAAACCUUCGAGACCCACCACUCCAAACAAUUUCAUUGGGCAGGAGGAAAGACAGCUUCAAAGAGCUAUCCAAGCUAGCUUAUUCCUCUGCCAAAGUCCCAAUUCCGAACCUAACGAUUCUGAAGGGAAUGUUUCACCAGAAACUGACGACCUCCAAAGGGCACUUUUACUGAGCAGACAGGAGCAGAUGGAAUUGGAAGAACAACGGCUGAGGGAAGAAAAAUUGCUUGAGGAAAUUCUGCAACUGUCUCUCACAGAAAAAUAGUUUUAUUAUUUUAAAAAUCGAGUAUUAAGUACAGAAAGUGUUGAUUGCCAAUUACAAUUUAAUUUGUGGUGAAUAGGCUUCCCAAUUUAGGUCCUUUCUGAUGUUUGCCAAAGUUUUCUUCCUUUCAGAAGCAUUUAUUCCAAAUGAAACCCAUUGAAAAUCCCUGACCUUUUUACAGAGAAUUCUAGUUAAUCUAUGAAAUAUUUUAAUUUUAUCAUUAUUUAAUUUGUGAUUUAAAACUUGUGGGACUUACCUUGAAUAUAUUUAUAUCAGAAUGAAA